GAUGAAAGGAACAUGGCUGAACGUCAGAAUGUGAGAGCUCUUCACAUCUUCGGCGUAUUUCUCGUUAUUCUGUGUAUCCAAGGAUCAGCCUUUGCCAACUGCCCUUCUGGAAGAUAUGGAUGGAGAUGUAGAUAUGAAUGCCAGUGUCAAGAUGGCGUAGAGUGUGACCAGACGACAGGAGAAUGUGUUGGUGGUUGCCAGGAUGACCGUUGGGGGCCAGGAUGCAUAUUAGAUUCCAAUUGCUACUAUGAUGACCAUGAUGGCAUACACUACACUGGAAAGAAAACUUUACCCAAUUGUGUGCGCUGGGAUUCUGGUAGUCCAAUCAUCUACAGUAACUAUCGCAAUGCCUCCUACUUUCCUGACAAAACCCUUUCUGAUGCUGCUAAUCUGUGUCGCAACCCUAGCGAAAACCCAUGGAAUGAAGGUCCAUGGUGUUACACAGAAAGUGUCAGUAGAUACACCUCUUGUAGUUUACGCAAGUGUGACUGCCCAGCCUUCAGGUUUGGUAUAAACUGUAGAAGUGAGUGCCACUGCAGUGAUGAGGAAGAGGACUGCAGCCUCACUGGCAUCUGCUCCUCCGGGUGUGCAGACGGAUGGAAAGGAGGCGACUGCCAGACAGCCUGUCCUGAUGGCAGCUUUGGUCCUAACUGUCUGAAGGACUGUCACUGUGCUAACCCCACAGAAGCAUGCAAUAAGACAACUGGGAAAUGCUCCUCUGGAUGCAAGGAGGGAUGGACAGGAGAGGACUGUCACCAAACAGGUUGUGAAGAUGAUCGCUAUGGGGAGAACUGCCAGAAGGCCUGUAUGUGUCGUAACCCAGCCCAUUGUAACAAGGAGGCAGGGCCCACUGAGGAGUGCCAGUGUAUUAGGGGGUAUUAUAAACCACAGGGACAACUGGGGUGUCAGCCAGUUACUCCUCCAAGAAUCACUUACUUCGAAAAUGAAAAAGCCAACCCAGGCCAAAGUGCAAAAUUUACUUGUAUAGCUUUUGCCAAGCCUGCGCCUCAGGAAGAAGAGAUCCAUCUGAUGACCCCAAGGGGAAAGACGGUGGUCAGUUCAGAGUCCCAGCUGGUCACUGACACGGUGCGAGAGAGAUCGUUUGUAGUGGACAAGGUGAACCCACGUGAAGUUUACAGGUGUAAUGUCAGUACAGAGGCAGGUUUUUCCAUACAAAAUACCACAGCUUAUUCAUAUGAGCUUCCCACCUUAAAUGCUACACCAGUAGUGCGUGUGGACAACAACAAGAUUACCCUAUCCUGGAGAAAGUGGAAUGAAAAGGACGACCAGGGAGAUGGCCCUAUUGUGGAAUAUACAGUGGAAACGGCCACACAUAUUAAGAUGGAUUGGAGAUAUGAAGGAGACCUCAACAGGUGCUUUCAACAGUGCCAUUACUUCAUGAGUAAGGUGCAAGUAUUUCCCAAUACAAGAUACUUCUUCCGUGUGAUUCCUAGACGUGAAGGAGAAGGGGGAAGGGGAAACCCUAGUCCAGUGGCAGAAUACAAGACACCAUGUGAUGCUCCAUCUGAAGCUCCCAUUUUGGGCAAGUUGAAUAGCAGUUACAAUAAUUUUGAUAAAACAAAAAUCACAGCUAUUUGGAAGUUGCCAUCACCAGCCUCCUACAACUGUGACAAUGUAGAGAAACAGAUAGUGUACAUCAGCACCAGUCCUAUGGUGAAUGGAGAGGCAGUCUUACUCCCAGGGAAACAGGUGUCUGUCCACUUCUUUAACCGCCUGGUUCCAUACACCAAGUAUUACAUUAGGGUGCAGUUUGAGAAUAAUGCUCAGCUCAGGAGUCCUGUGUCCAACGUGGAGGCUAUCAUCACUCCAGAACAUACCCCUGGAAAGCCCAGAAAUGUGAAUGUUUCCCCAAAAGAUGGCAUUUCCCUGAUUGUACGGUGGGAUGCACCAGAGCCCCCUGGUGGUGAAAUCAUCCAAUACCAGGUGGCAUGGUGGCUGUAUGGGGCCACGGACCAGCAGAGAAAGAAUGUUACCAUUAAUUAUCCAGCCACCAGGAUACGGGAAACUGUGCUCAAAGAUUUACAUCCACACACUAAAUAUGGGAUAGGGGUACGUGCCAAGACAAUCAAGGGAUAUGGCCCAUGGACAGAUACAAAGCCUCACAUGACUGAUGAAACAUUACCCGGUCCUCCAUAUGCCAUACGGAACAGCUCCAGGAGUAAUACCUUGAUUGUCCUGGCCUGGCAACCUCCUACCUACCUAGGAGGAACACUCAGGGAUUAUUAUGUUGCUUGCAUCCCUCAUGCUCUCACUGUGUCAGUUCAAGAUGAAAAGGGCUUAAUUCAGAGAUAUCUAAAUGUGGAGAGAAGGAGCCAGGAAGCCAGGGUGGCUCCUCAGAAGAAUUCAGCUGUGGUUGACAAUCUCAGCCCAGGGACAAAAUACCGCUGUAGUGUCAAUGCCAGCACCUCAAAAGGUUUUGGUCCAGCCAUCUCCAUUGAUGUCUGGACUUAUCCCAAACAACCUGUUGCCCCCUCAGUCCCCCAAAUCAUCAAAGAAGAGACAACAGACACCACCAUUUCUGUAAAUCUACAACCAGCACUUGAUGAUGUUGGUUUGUACAGGUUGGUUGUAGAGAGACUUCCAAAAAAGUCCAACAGGCGUAGAAGGUCCAUAACAGUUGAGGAGCUGAACACCAAAGUCAGUCUUCCUGAUUAUUUUGAAGCAAUGAAGCAUAAUAUGAGUCAUUACUUGGCGGCUGAAUUUCCAGCCCGAGAGCUGAGGCGACCCAGGAGGUUUGUUGUGGGAAAUGGGAAGAAGUAUGGAGGCUACUAUAAUGCCCCCUUGGAGAAGGGGUCAGAGUACAGCUUGUGGUUUGGAGCUGGCAGCUCAGCUGAUGGAAUUACUGUGUUCACCUACAGUAAAGCUGGGGAGCCCAUGUUAGCUCAAGUCUUUGUUCCCCCUCCAAAAGAGGCAGCCACAGGAGAGACGACAAUAGGGAUUGCUGUGGCUGUGAUUGUGAUUGCAAUUCUGGUGGCAGCACUAGUGGCUGCCAUCUUUAUGAGGAGGAGGAAGAGGCAUCAGAGUAAAGAGUUGCUGAACUCCAGUACAGAGACAGAGAAGAGUCCCCAGGAUGUGAAAGGCAUUUCUAUAGAUAUGGACAGUACCCAGUGUACAGACAGCCUGUUGCCCAAUGGUGAACCCCCAGAGUAUGAACUGGCCUCUGAGCCACUGUAUGACAAUGUGACCAAGGACACCACACCCAUUAGGCAGCCCAUAGAAGUAGAGAAACUGUAUGACUAUGUAAUGGCCAAAAGAGACAGUACGACUAUGGGAUUUAAACAGGAGUAUGAGCUUCUUCCAAGUGGUUUCAUUGCUCAACAUGAUGUAGCUUCCAAGAUAGAAAACAAACACAAGAACAGAUAUGGGAACAUUAUUGCAUAUGAUCACUCCAGAGUGGUGCUAGAACCAUAUGAAGGUGACCCACUCUCAGAUUAUAUUAAUGCAAACUAUAUAGAUGGUUACAAAGACUCCAAGGCCUACAUUGCAACACAAGGUCCCAGUAAAGUUACACUUGCUGAUUGGUGGAGAAUGAUAUGGCAGGAAAAUGUAUCAACAGUUGUCAUGGUGACAAACUUAGUAGAAGGUGGCAGGGCCAAAUGUGAACAGUACUGGCCUAGGAAUGACAAGACAACUUACGGAGAAAUUACAGUAGAAGUUAAACAAGUAGAAAUUAUAGCAGAUUAUACAAUAAGAACAUUUGAAUUAAAUAAGGGUAAUGAAAGCAAAGUAGUGAAGCAAUUUCACUUCACAACAUGGCCGGACCAUGGUGUACCAAUCUUCGCUACAUCAUUGUUAGCAUUCCAUAGAAAAGUGAAAGCUUACCACACACCCCAGUUAGGCCCUAUGGUGCUACACUGCAGUGCUGGUGUAGGCAGGUCUGGGACAUUCAUAGCUCUAGAUUAUCUCCUAGACCAAGCCAAGGUGGAGGGAGUGGUGGACAUAUUUAACACGGUGCAUCUCAUGAGGAAACAGAGAGUUAAAAUGAUACAGACUUUAGAGCAGUACAUCUUCCUUCAUGAUGCUCUCUUAGAGGCUUUGCUCAGUGGGAACACAGGUAUGUUCUGCACUGACAUGAGGCACAGGUAUAACAACCUCCUCAAGGUCAACCCCGCCACAGGCGAGACAGAGAUGGAUGCUCAGUUUGACCUCCUAAACAAGCUGACAUCGUCCAUACCCAGAGAGCCAGAGAAGACGUCAGGCCGCGAUGCCAAAAAUGCAAACAAGAAUCGAGUCCCAGACAUGGUUCCUGCCAACCAUGCCCGCCCCCACCUGAUGACUCCCCUGGAGAACAAGGAGGGCACAGACUACAUCAAUGCAGCAUUUAUUGACGGUUUCCGUAAAAGAGAUGCCUUAAUCAUCACGCAGAUGCCACUCCAGCACACUGCUGUAGACUUUUGGAGGAUGAUUCAUGAUCACAUGAUAUUUUCUAUUGUGAUGUUGAAUGAGAUGGACAGCAGUGAUGAGAGUUGUGUACCUUACUGGCCAGAGCAGGCAGAACCCCAGGAAUAUGGUCCAUUUAAAGUGGAGAUGGUCUCCUCGAAUAUGGGCAUAGGAAUGAUUACUAGAGACUUUAAACUUACACACAAGCGACAGUCUGCAGACAAGUUCCGCAUCAUCCGCCAGUUCCAAUACACAUGUUGGAGCAAAACAGACUCAGUUCCCCAGUCCAUGCCAUCUUUGUUGGCGCUGUUGUCUGCAGUGGAGAAAUGGCAGCAGCAGACACGGGACAGAACCAUUGUAGUACACUGCAUGGAUGGUGCCAGUCAGAGUGGGGUUUUCUGUGCAAUGUACUACAUCAUGGACAAAAUCAAAACUCAGCAGGAGCUGGAUGUCUACCACACUGUCAACCAUUUGAGAAUUAACAGGAAACAAUUGAUAAAAAAUAAGGAGCAGUAUAGGUUCUGCUAUGACUUUGCUUUAGCAUAUUUGGACUCUUUUGAGCCAUAUGCAAACUUCAAAUGAAGUGUGUGCAGAACAUCACCAAUGGUACACCUGCAAGUGGAAGUGAAAGGGCAAACCUUGGGAGUCUGGAAGGAUUCGUUUAAAUUGACGCCUAGUUAACUCUAAAGACUAACACCAACACCAGGGUUCUUCCCGUCUCAUUCCAAAGUCACUGGUCACACUGAAGUUUUCUGCUUUUUAUGUCAGAUGUGACUGGAAUAAGUCUUGAAGUAUUAGAGCCAGUGCAUGCUGCAGUUUUAAUGUUAUUUCUGUAUCAGAAAUGUGUUGAAGAGAGAUGAUAGUAGAAUAAGCCAUGAAGGCAUUUCUAACAGCUUCCCAGUGUGUUGGGAGUGGAGACAGUAUUCAAGUGGGUGAAAUCUCUUUACAGUUGAGUUGCAAGUGGAAUACAAUGUUUUAAUGUAAAAAAAUUUUGUCAGUGUUUGACAGAGGUAUUUUUUAUUGUACACAUUGUUACUACAAGAGCAACGGUAACUGAAUGUUUGUUAUACAGAUGAGUUAGAAGACUGCUGCCUGACAGACAGUCAACAUGAUUCCAACACAGCUUCACAAUUUUCUGGAAAGGGUUCACAAUGUGCCAUUGAUUUUUAUACUUGCUCCUGUGACAUUCUUUUAUCAGACUUACAAAUUAGGUAUUACACAUAUUGUACCAAUGUUUACUUGUAUGCGAUUUAAUCUUAUUUAUCUCCUCAAUUCCCUUUAAAUCAAAAUUUUCAAAUGUUUAACUGAUGUAAAUAUACAAGUGCUAUUAUAAGAUGUAGAUUGUAAACAUCAAAACAGCAAUGCGUGCUUCAAUUUUAUCUUCUACUUUGCAUGACAUUUAACAUAUUUAUAUGUUAUCAUAUCUUUUAAUCAUGCAAGUCUUCCCAUUUUACGAAUUACAAGUAUUAUCAUUUAUACAUCUUGCUGCUUUUAUUUCAAAACAUUACAGCUUUUUUGUGUUCUUAUUUUUUUGCCUUCUGUCUGGUGCUGAGUGUUAUAAUGCAGCGUCACAACAAUAGGUGGAGCUGUCAGCUGUAGUGAACAGAAAAAUACUUCAGUUGUUAAUCUUGUAUUUUUUAGUGUUUCACUGUACUGUUUAAUGUUAUUAUUAAUAAAGCAACACUUUAAA